CGUUAAUGUCUUCAAAAAUCACUAUCUAUGGUAUUAUUAAUCAUGAAGAUUCUGAUCUUUUCGAAAGUGCUGGAUCAUUAACAUUGAGAACACCUAGGAAUGUACCUAAUUUCAAUGAAACAACCUCAUUAACCAUUCCAGGUUACAUCAAAUAAAUUUGUGCAGGUCAAUCUCACAUAUUAGCCUUAACUUAAGACGGAAACGUAUAUAGUUAUGGCUCAAAUUAAUUUGGUUAAAGAGGCUCAACAGGACCAGGAUUUCAAUUAGUGAUGAAGAAUGUCCUUUAGAUUGCAACAGGAUUAUAUCAUUCUGUUGCAGCAACAAGAGAUAAUAAAGUAUAUGUUUGGGGUCGAGGAUCAGAAGGUUAACUAGGAUUGGGAGACACCGAAAAUAUUGAAAAGCCUACAGAACUCAGCAUUUAAGGGCAGGAGGUUUGUUGUGGUAGUUUUCAUACUCUAGUAAGAAAUGGAGAAACUUGUUAUGUGAUGGGAGAGAAUUAGAAUGGAUAACUGGGAGUCUUAGGAUAACAUGCAAGUCCUGUGAAAUUGAGUAUACCUGUUGAAUAAAUGGCUGCAGGUUUGGAUCAUUCCUUAUUUUUAUAUAAAGGACAAGUAAAUUGAGUUUCAAUAUUUAGGUUUUUGUUACAGGAAACAACUUAUUUGGAUAAUGCGGAGUAUCAGACUAAGUAGUAAGAGAGCCUAUGAAAUUAUCGUUAAAUUUUGAAGUACAAUAAGUGAUUGCCUCUAUGGGAACAUUUAGUUGUGUAAUAAGCAAAUAAGGCAAAGUCUAUUUUUGGGGAACUGGGAGUUGGGGCUAUGCCAGGAAGUGUACUCCAUUGGAGGAGUUAUGUAAAUUAGAUGAAGGUUAGAGAGUGUCAUAAGUAAUCUCUGGAGAAAACUUCGCAAUGUUGAAAUGUUUAGAUGGAUGGUAUGUUUUUGGGAUGAAUAAAAUGCCUGAAAAUUAUUCAUAACAAUAGACACACAGGAUUUCAUUAAGCAAAGUCAAUUUAGUUGAUGGCUAAAUCAGUGCGGGUCUUAAUAUUGUUUUUGUCUAUUCCCAUAUUCAAGAAGUGCAAAAGCCUACUUAAUAAAUGGCUGUUGAUUAAGGAUCCUAUGUGUCUUAAUCAUCAGAGCAAGAAUACAAAUAGAGAUCAAGUUUUAAACAAAAUAAUGAAAUAAGGCAAUCCUAUUAGAUGGCACAAUCUGUUGCCUAUUAACCAUCAAGUGCAAUGAAGAGUUCAUUUGUACAACCUUCAGCCUUGAGAUAAUCUCAAUAAGUUACUAAUGUCUCUUAGUUUUCUAAUUAAGUUAGUACUUCCUUAUAGUUUUAAAAUGAGUAUCAAUCAAAUAAAAUUGAAUCUAAAUAAGGGAAGGACUACAAACUUAGUGAUCUACUUUAUCGAUCUGAUCACAAGUAGGAAUUUAGAUAGGACCUUAAAUUAGAUCUUAAAUAAUCAGAAUAGAAGAUCAGAACAGAAUCAAGAACUCCUGAUAAUAGAAAUGAUAGAAAAUCUGAUCAUAAGGCACCUCUUAAAGAAGAUGAGUUAAAACAUGAACUAAAAUAAGAAUUACUUAAAUUAGAAAAGAGAUAAGAGCAAUUCAAAUAAGAGAUCAUUAACUAAUAAUAAUAAUUGGAUAGAAAAAAUGAAAAUUUGAAGGAAAUUACAUUUGGUCUUAAGUCUGAUGUCAAACCCCUGUAAGAAAGAAAUAUUACAUAAUAACCUUAGAAAUGUUAUGAUUGCUAACAUUUUGUUUAAAAAAAUGAUUACUAUUAAAAGCAUAUUAAAUUUUAGGAAGAAGAAAUAACUAACCUUAAAAAGGAAUUAGAAAUCUUGAAAAAUCAAAUAAAAUAAAAAGAUAAUUAUGUAAAUGAAUUAGAAAAUAGAAUUUUAAAAUAUUAAGAAACUAGUUUUAAAUAAGUCGGUUUACAAUAAUAAUAAUAAUAAUAAUAAUAAUAAUAAUAAUAAUAAUAGCCAAUAAUUUAUAAACCUACUAUGGAAGUUAGAUUGAAAAGCGAAGAAAAAUAACCUGUUACCAGAGACGAAUAAUAAAUUAAUUACUAAAAGAUUAUUGAUUACUCACCUAAAAUUUAUAGAUAACCUAUCAUUGAUUAAUCACCAAAAGAAAGAACUUUUAAUACAAGUAUUAUUGAUAAAAUUUAAACAUAUUAACAAUCUGCAAAAGCAGCCAGACCAGUCCAUCAGAAUCUAAUGAAUAGAUAUUCAGCUCAUGAGGUUCAGCCAUAAUAAAUCUAUUAACCAAAUACCUACGUUAUACCACAAUACUUCAAGGCCAGAAAUUGAG